AUGUCAAGGCUGAAGGAAGUUAUGGUUCAGAACUCCAGAAACGCGAGGCGUGGUAGCAGUGCUGGUAGAGGCGCUAGUAGAGGUGUAGGUAGGAAUGUGAGUGGUGAAGCUACUCCCAAAAGGCAACAGCAAAUAGAAACCGUGCAGGAAGAUACAGGAUUGAACUCGUUUCUGAAAGGUAAACCACCACAGUUUGGUGGUGACUUUAAUCCGGAGGGUGCUGAGAAAUGGUUGCAAGAGAUAGAGAAGAUAUUUUCUUUCACUCAUUGUAGAGAGAAUAGAAGAGUCGGUAAUGCAACAUUCAUGCUGACAAGCGACGCUGAAGCCUGGUGGAGAGGAAAACAUAGAUUAUUGGAAGAGGAAGGAAGAGAGAUAAACUGGAUCUUGUUCAAAGAAGAAUUUUUGGGGAAGUAUUUUCCAAAGCUAUGUAGGAAAGAGAAGGAGAGAGAAUUCCAGAACCUGCGUCAAGGUAUGAUGACAAUGGGAGAGUAUAAUAGGAAGUUUGAAUCCUUGCUAAAGUAUUCUGAAUUUUACCGCUUGCAUCCAAGGGAAGAAUGGAUGUGUGAAAAGUACCAAGAUGGAUUGAAAUAUGAUAUCUAG